GGAGAGAAUCGCUUGGGACGUUCGGAGGCAGAGCAGGGGCUGGCCCUCGACGCGCUCGGGCUCGAUUAGCCAACCUCCCUCAGCUGCUGUAACGGUCGCGGAGGCGGGGCUCGAGCUGAGCCGGGCCGGGCUGGGCGGGCUGCUGGUGGGAGGCGGCGUCUGAGGAAGAUGAAGAUCCAGUGUGGGACAGGAGACUCAUUGAGUGAUCAUUUCAUUGAGAUCAACUUGAAUGACCAGGUGUAAAGUGCAAGAGUAUAUGCUAUGACUGAGGCAAAAUGCCAGCAUUACAAGAAAAAACGAAUGGAGCAACAAGAAAAUAUUGCUGCUUUGCAAAAGCAUGUCUAUAGAUUAAAAAAGGAGGAAGAAGAGCGCAUUGUCACUCAAAACAGAGUGUUUGCCUGUCUCUGCAAAAGAGUUCCUCAUACCGUCUUGGAUAGACAGUUGCUUUGCUUGAUUGAUUACUAUGAAUCUAAAAUUAGAAAAAUCCAUACACAAAGGCAAUAUAAAGAAGAUGAAAGUCUGUCAGAAGAAGAAAAAGACUACAGAAAUCUGGAUGCCUCACCAACUUAUAAAGGCCUUCUAAUGUCAUUACAGAAUCAACUGAAGGAAUCAAAUUCUAAGAUUGAUGCACUUUUAAGUGAAAAACUGAACCUCCAAAAAGAUUUGGAAACCAGGCCCACACAACAUGAAUUAAGACUUUAUAAACAACAGGUGAAGAAACUGGAAAAAGCCCUUAAGAAAAACAUCAAAUUGCAGGAGCUUAUUAGUGAUAAAAAGGCUGAGGACACAGAGAAAAGAGAUGAGCCCAGCAAAUAUAACCAGCAACAGGCCCUAAUUGACCACAGAUACUUUCAGGUGCUGUGUAGCAUCAAUUCAAUUAUUCACAAUCCAAGAGCUCCAGUAAUAAUUUAUAAACAGAGCAAAGGAGGAGCCCAAAAUUUUAAUAAAGAUCUUAUUCAAGAUUGUGGAUUUGAGCAUCUUGUUCCUAUAAUAGAAAUGUGGGCAGAUCAACUGACAUCCCUAAAGGAUUUGUAUAAGUCCUUGAAAAUACUAUCUGCAGAACUGGUGCCUUGGCAUAAUUUAAAGAAGCAGGAUGAAAAUGAAGGUAUCAAAGUUGAAGAUUUGUUGUUUAUAGUAGAUACCAUGUUGGAAGAAGUUGAAAAUAAGGAAAAGGACAGCAAUAUGCCAAACUUUAAAACAUUGCAAGCUAUUGUCUCUCACUUCCAGAAAUUAUUUGAUGUGCCUUCUUUAAAUGGAGUCUAUCCCCGAAUGAAUGAAGUUUAUACUAGACUUGGAGAAAUGAACAAUGCUGUGAGAAACCUCCAAGAACUCUUAGAAUUAGAUAGUUCAUCCUCGUUGUGUGUGCUGGUAAGCACAGUUGGAAAAUUGUGUAGGCUGAUUAAUGAGGAUGUGAAUGAGCAGGUUAAGCAGGUAUUAGGACCUGAAGACCUCCAAAGCAUUAUCAACAAAUUGGAAGAACAUGAGGAAUUUUUCCCAGCAUUUCAGGCAUUUACUUAUGAUCUACUUGAAAUCUUAGAAAUUGAUGACUUGGAUGCCAUUGUACCUGCAGUAAAGAAAUUAAAAGUACUUUCAUACUGAAAACAUACCAAAUCAUUUUUACUGUGUAAAUUGCAUUCUUAACAUUUUGUAUUUUGUAGAAUUGAUCUUAUUUUGAGACAAGGGCUAUAAAGUGUAUUUGCUCUCAGAAUUCAUCCCCUUCUUAGUAUUGGGUAAUUCUCCAUCUAUAUAAUUUUUUAUUAACUUUAAGAUUCUUAUACGGAAAAUAGUUGCUAAGUUAAAAUAGUAAAUCAAUUUAGGUCCCUUAAUCAUUUCUUAAGCAAUUCUUGAGUACUUAAAAUUUAAGGUUGUUUUAAAGUAAAAUUUGUGAGUAAAAGAGGAACCCAAGUAAGUUCAGGGUUUAGUGACCUUUGGGUCAGGGCAAAAGGCUUGCCAAUGGCUAAGUCCAGGCACUAGGAAGCUACUGCUCUCCUAGCAAGAAUUAAUUGGCAUAUUCUAUUUAGAUAUCCCUCAUGGCAACUGCCCUUUCAAAGCAGGAGGAAGAAAAGGAAGAAAGAAAAAAUGUUUUAUCAUUUAUGUUAGGGUAGGAAAUGAAUCAUGGGAUAAAAUAGAUGAAUAGAUGAGUAGUCCUCAUAAAAAAAGUGUCUUUUUUGCAAUCUUGAUGUAAUGCACUUUUUAUAAGGACAUGAGAUCUUAAAUAAAAUUUUGUAAAGAAUUUCCAAAC